AUGAGAAAAGCGUUUGUUCAAAAAGAAAACACAAACACUAUCCUUUCAAUCAAACACAAUACUCCAAUGAUCAAAAGAAUUGAAGUUUGCAAUAAAAACUCUUUUGUUCCUUUCCCAACUGAAGAGGUUGAAGAUAUUCCUUAUGUGGACUGUGAAGAGAUUAUCAUUCCUGACGAUUUUGAAAAUGAACGUAUCUCAAAUAUUAGUAACCUCUUAUUUCUUAAUCCGUAUUUUGGUGAUAGUGAUGAUGACCUUUGGAGUGGUGAAGAGAUCGAUUUUCAUUGUUCUGAUCAAUCCUCAGAUUCUGUCUCUUUAAUGUGA